AUGUUCCGUCCCGCCUCCAGAGCUCUCCUCCGCGCACCCGGUGUCGCAGCCCGUGGCCCGGCUGGAAAGCGAUUGAUAAGCACCACUCCUUCAGAGCCCAAGUCGAGGAGUUGGAAGAAUACCGCCGUCCGGUUCGGAUUGGCCAUUGGAGCUAUCUACUACUACAACACCAGCAGUGCUUUUGCUAAGGAGCCGACGUUCUCCUUCCGCAGCCAAAACCAAACAGAAUCCGUCGACGAGUCUUCCCUCCCAACCCUCGAAUCGGUCAAGUCCAAGAUCCGCGAGCGUGAGCAGAAAGUAGCCGCCCCCAAGGCCCCCGAGACCGAGGUGCAACCCGCCGCAGAUGAACAGGCCCAGCUCAGCAUCGAGUCUGGUGAGGGUGCUGUGAAGUCGCCCCAGGAGCUCGAGGAGGAAGCCGGCCAGGAAGCCGCUUUCAACCCCGAGACUGGCGAGAUUAACUGGGACUGCCCGUGUCUCGGUGGUAUGGCUCACGGCCCUUGCGGAGAAGACUUCAAGGCCGCCUUUAGCUGCUUUGUUUUCUCCGAGGACGAGCCCAAGGGAAUUGACUGCAUCGACAAGUUCAAGGCUAUGCAAGAUUGCUUCCGUCAACACCCCGAGAUCUACGGCGCCGAGUUAGAAGACGAUGAGGCUCCUCCUGCCCCUGAAGGCCAGCAGGCUAUCGAAGAACCCGCCCCCGCAGCUCAGACCGAGGCCGCCUCGAAUCCCGAGACCACCGCCAUUCCCAAGGAAUCGCACGACACUGAAAGCAAGAACGAGGCCCCCAAGUCUUCGUAG